AUGAGCAGCCUCACCAAUUUCACGGGACAGGCGUAUCAGCCACAGGAAGAUAAAUAUUUCGACGAUGGGCGAGAGAUUGCCCUACUGCAUUUCAUCUACAACCACCCCAAAAUCUCAGAGAUACGCGGCAACCCUCAAAAGCUCAUCGAGGCGAUUGACGAGUAUGGCAGGAAUAAGAAGUAUCUGAUGAACGUCGGAGAGUACAAGUCCAAGACCGUAGCAGACCUCAUCAAGGAUGUCAAGCCACAAGUCAUGGUCGAGCUGGGCGGCUAUGUGGGCUACUCUGCUAUCGCCUUUGGUGCUGCUUUCAGAGAGGCCGGCGGGAAGCAGUACUACAGUCUGGAGUACAACCCCGAAUUUGGUGCUGUAAUUUCCAGUCUGGUUGACCUGGCUGGCUUACAUGACUUCGUGAGAGUUGAGAUUGGGCCAGCUUCCGCGUCGCUGAGGCGGCUGCAUGCCGAAGGCAAGCUGCAGAAGAUUGACCUCAUGUUCCUUGACCAUGUGAAGCCACUUUACACGCCUGACUUGAAGCUGUGUGAGGAGCUUGGUCUGGUCGGCGUUGGUUCGGUUCUUGCUGCGGAUAAUGUCGUUAAACCAGGGAACCCUCCAUACCUUGAAUACGUCCGCAGCACAGUAGAGCAGAAGAGGGAAAACUUCAAAAAAGAGACUGGACUAAGUCUCGAAAGGCUGUCUGACUGGGAGAAGUCCAGAUACAACAUGGCAAAAGGGGGUCAAGUGGACGAGUCUGAAGUCCAUGGCAACCCAAACCUCGUCUACUCCAGCCAAUUUGUCGAGGGUUGGGAGCCGAGCGGUGUCCCGACAUCUUCAGCCCAACAAAGUUAUCUGCCCACCUCUUUGCAAAACACCAGACUGCUCGAGACCUUCGUCGUCACCAAUUCCGUCAUGCCGGCCAACACCGUCCUGCUCACUGGUGUCACGGGCUUCGUUGGAAAAGUCGUCCUCGAGGAGCUCAUCCGCCGACGGAAUGCACGCGAUCUACAAUUUGAUCGCAUCUUGGUGCUGGUCCGUUCAUCGCGCAGCCAAAACGCCAUUGAGAGAUUCUCUGAGGGAGUCGCCAAGUCCAAGUGCUUUUCGACUCUCCCGAGUGGUUGGGACAAGGACGUUGUUGUUCUGCCUGGCGAUCUCAUGGAGCCUGACUGCGGACUUGAUAAUCACCUACUCGACCAGUUGACAACCGAGGUCACGCACAUUAUUCAUUGUGCCGGCUGCGUCUCGUUCGACACGUCUCUGAAUGUUCUCCUCGCGGAGAACGUCACUGCGAGCCUCAACAUUCUGCAAUUCUCGCAACAAUGCUCGAAUCUUCAACGACUCGUCGUCACUUCCACGGCAUAUGUCACUCCAAAUACGACGGGACCAAUCUGGGAGCAAUUAGCCGGUCUGCCAAAGUCUGCACAACAAAUACUAGAGGACCUGCUCGAAGGAAGGAAAGACCCUGAUCAGAUUCGCAGCGAGACCGGACAUCCCAACAACUACACCCUUGCGAAAUGUCUCGCCGAACACUUCGUUGUGCAAAAGAAAGCAUCAACGCCUCUGACAAUUGUCCGCCCCAGCAUUAUAUCCGCAAGCUGGAGAUAUCCAUUCCCGGGCUGGAUCGACAGCUUCGCGGCGCUAGCCGGUCCCAUUUCUGCAUUUGCACUCGGCGGCUUGAAGGUCCUGCACGGAGACCCGUCAGCGAUUCUCGAUGUCAUUCCUGUGGACACCGUUGCCGAGUGCCUGAUCAACGAAGCUCUCAAAAUAAAGGAGCAAAACGUCGACCAUGAGACCGCGCCUGCAAAGAUUGUGCAAUGUGUAUCAACAAUUCAGCUUGGGCAAAGUACGAGAGACAUUGUUGUUGGAACUAUCACAUACUUCGAACAGCCUGAGAAUAUUCUUCUCUACAAGCCUAGAGGCUGGUACAUCGGAACAGAUGAUCGAUGGUUCUACAUCUACGAAUUCUUCUGCCAAUACUUACCGGUUAAAAUGACCGAGCUGAGAGCGCUUAUGAUGCUGGAUUGGGAGGGCGCUGCCAAGGCCAGGAAGACACUGACGAGACUGUGCCAAGUCGAUACCCACUUUCGUUACUUCGUCGAGCACACCUACGACUACCGUUGUGCUACAAGGAUGUUGCCAGAUGACUUUGACAAGAAGGCGUAUAUGCAGAUAGUCUUGAACGGCCUGAAGGAGAAUCUCCUUGUGCCACUCGUGGAGAGAAUGAAGGCAAAACAGAAUACUGUUGAGGCCGAGUGA